UGCAAAGUUCUGAUAGAGGAUAUACCAAAGAAUAAACAACACCUCUUCCAUAGAAGAAAAUCUCUUCCAUGGAUAUACGUCUCGUUCUGUACGCACAGUAGCAUGUUUUGAUCAGUUGGUUUUUGACCUUUAAAUGCUUCCAAAAUAAUUCCCAUGGCUUUGACGACCAACUGAUAUUGAUGUAGAAAGAAAUUUGAAAGAGAUCAUUCAAAUUAAAUGGCUCAAAAAUGCUGACAAGUCUAUUGGCAGUAAGUUUAUUUGCAAGACCCAGUGGAAGGAAAUGAAUCUGAUGGUAACUUGUGGAAAACGUCAGCUUUUGUCAUGUGUCGGUAAAUCGCGAGUCUCCUCCCACUGAUAACACAUGAACAUAGGACGAUAGCAAAAUGAUUACCGGCGAAGUGGACCCAACUUGCAAUCCAGUACAUUUCGUAACACAGGACGGAUGCAAACCUACAUCAGUCUAUCGCGGCGGUGAUCAAGGCGAACCUUCAAAUACCAUUUUCCAAGAGCCAGUGACAGCUGUACAAGAGCAUGAUUGCAGUAGUUUUGAUAUUGUUAAAGCUACACAAUAUGGAUCACUUGCACGAUGUCGGGAACUCAUUGAAGCAGGUUAUGAUGUUAAUCAGAGGGACAGUGAAACUGUUACAUUACUGCAUUGGGCAGCAAUUAAUAAUAGACGUGACAUCAUCCGUUAUUAUAUUAGCAAAGGAGCUGUUGUUGAUGCUGUGGGUGGUGAACUGAUGGCCACUCCCUUACACUGGGCCACAAGGCAAGGACAUCUGGGAAGUGUGACACUGCUAAUGCAGUAUGGUGCAGAUCCAUCAAUACGAGAUGCAGAAGGCUGUUCUUGCAUCCAUCAUGCCGCACAAUUUGGUCACACUGCCAUUGUUGCUUAUUUUGUGGCAAAAGGUGUCAAUGUGAACAUGCAAGAUAGAAAUGGUAUGACCCCUCUAAUGUGCAGUGCAUAUAAAGUUACAAGUUUGGAUCCUACUCGUUUAUUGCUGACUUUUGGUGCCUGUACAUCAAUACAAGAUAAACUUCAUGGAAAUACUGCUCUUCAUUGGGCUAUAUUAGCACAGAAUCAUACCUCAAUAUCAACACUCAUUAGUCAUGGAGCAAGUCUUGAUAUUGCAAACAUGCAGGGUGAAACACCAUGCAGUAUGCUUUUGACACACAAAAAUUCAUCGUGGGUUGGAAAAAAAGUAUUAGAAAAGCUGCAGGAACAUUCAAACUCAAAAAGGCGUAAUCUAUGUCAUCGGUUUACCAAAGACAAGCGCUUAAAAUUUUGGUGUAUGGUGACUACCCCAUUUCUUGCAUUUUAUAUUGUUGGAAUAAUUCUGCAAUCAAAUCAACAGUAUUUAGUUAAGUUGGGGAUGUUAGUUGGUUGUUACAUUGUACUACACUUUGCUGGACAAGUGUUAUUUGAUGAUCGCCUAAUGAACUUAUUACCAAUGUCUAUAUACUUAGCUACUAAGUUCUGGAUGUAUGUCACAUGGUUUGUAUGGAUUGCUCCAAGUGUUGACUUGUGGCUCUCUGCUUUGUUCAUUGGCUGCUCAUUGAUACUUUGGUAUAAUUUUGUGCGAGCUUGGAGAGGAGAUCCUGGAGUUCUCAGUAGUAACCAAGAACAGAAAUAUAGGACAAUUAUCGAACUUGCAGAGCGGGGAGGUUUUGAACCUCAGGGCUUCUGCAGUACAUGCUUAGUUCGAAGGCCAGUAAGAUCUAAACAUUGCUCAAUAUGCAAUCGAUGUAUAGCUCGUUUCGACCAUCACUGCCCUUGGGUUGGUAAUUGUAUUGGGGCAAGAAAUCAUCGUUUUUUUAUUGGUUAUCUUAUUAUGCUAUUGGUGAUGUGUGUGUUUGUGGUAUAUGGAUGCUCAAAAUUUUGGCAUAUCAUGUGUGAUCUCCCAACUGGAUUUUGGGAAGACAUAGUCACCAUUGCAAAAUGUGACGCAUGGGUUGCCUGGGUGGCUGCCAAUGGUGUUCUGCAUUCAGUAUGGGUUGCUACUUUGUUUUGUUGCCAGAUGUAUCAGAUUACAUGCCUUGGUAUGACGACGAAUGAAAGAAUGAAUAGUGGUCGUUACAAACAUUUUCAUACAACGGGGCGGAUGGGUACUGCAGAAAUGCGAAGUCCUUUCCAUCGAGGCUGCUGCCAAAAUCUAAUAGAUUUUGCUCAGAUUCGUUGCUUUGGAUUACUGAAGCCAGACGACACGGAUUGGAUGACACGAUAUGAUGUCAAGCAACCAGUGGAACAAGUUCCUUUGCUAUCAUCAAAGGAAAACUAUCAAUAUGUGUAAACCUUCAUUCUGGAGCAUUUUGAUGAUUUGUUUCAGAAAAUAUAUUUUUAAAUAUCUAAAAUUCAGUGUGAGCUCUUCAUCUCUCUCUCUCUCUCAACCUCUAUUAUCAUCUCACCUUUAUUGAUUGUAUGUAGGUGUUGUGCAUAUGUAAUAACAUGGUUUAUCAGUGUAUAUGAAAUAUCAUUACCUUUGUGUAUUCACGUAGUGUCUUAUUCUUAUAGCCUCUUGUUGACAUUUUCAAGUACUACUUUACUCAAUGCUUCACCCUGUGUGCAGAAAUUUUGCUUAAGUACAGAAUUUUUGGAGAAAGUUCAUUGCCUUGAAAUUUGUAUUCUUAUUCAGCAUAAGUAAUUGUAAUAUUAAAAAAUUUGCAAUAUUGCUAUUGUAGAGGGAUAUGGAUGUGGACAAGGCAUGAUAUUAAUAUAUUAUAACCUGUUUAUUAAUAAGCACAUUUUUCUUUCAAAAAACUUGUAAAUGUGUAUAUAUUUUGUAUUUCUUUACACCUUGUAAGCAUAUUAUAGUUGCAAGAAACUAAAAAACAUGACAAAAUGAAUAAAUUCAGUCAACUUAUAAUCUUUGCACAUGACAGAGCUACAAAUUAAUUUUUAAUAUUGUAUUUAUGCAAUGAGGAGAUGUUUGAUUGGCUGAUGAACAUUUAUCUGGGAAUGCUCAGUUAUUGUAAAUAUAUCCUCUUUAAUUUGUGUCUGUUGAAUCCAGUGGCAUUUUGUGUUUAAUUAGGCUCAGAUAGUAUUGAAGUUUGUGCAAAAAAUGUGUUCAGUAAAAUAUGUUAAAUCCUGUGUAUUUCUUAUAACAUUAUUUAAAAGGGAAUUGUAAAAAUAACAUUUUUUACAUAUGAAUCAACCCUUUUUAAAGAUAACUUGCUAUCAAGAAUUUGACAUGUUAUGUUUUAAAUUUCUUGAUCAAUAGAUACAAUCAUGUAAUUUAAUUAGUUCCAAUUUGCAUUGUCUGCAGUACAUUUUUAAUUCUACUUGAGGUCUAAAAGUCAAAAAUAUUGUAUGAAAUAGAAUAUUAGAGUAAUCUCACUGUUUGUAUUCUGUUUUUUAAGCAAUCUGAAGACAAUGUGAGUGUUAUAAGACUCACGUGGUUUGUCCUGCAUCCAUGGAGACUCAAUUUUUACCCCUGAAUUCACAUCACUCUAGUUUGUAGCCCAAAUUACAAACAAUGAAAUCAGUAGUGUUUGUGAAAAAGAUUGGUCUCUUGUAGGUGUCUUGCAAGACUACAUUAAUGCUUUGAGUUAUUUUCACUGCAAUUAGGUGCUGAAAUAUUUAUAUAGAAUAUGAAAUAAGGGUUAUAGAAUGACUGGAAAUACCUUAAUAUUCCUCCUUUUAUCCAGAAUGCUCUCCUUCAUAUCAGUCAGUUAAUAUAGAAACGUUUUAUCUUCCAAAGCCAUUAUCUCAAUGCAUAUUUUGCCUCUCAAUAAUACAUAAUGAUAAAUCCAUUAGUCUAAUAGUAAAAAAAAAGAAAGAAAGGGAAAAAAAAGAAAAAGAAAUGCUUGUGAAUCAUUCCCUCCCCAUGAUCUUGCCACGUGGCUUAUCUUCAUUAAAAUGAACUUUUGAAAUAAUGUAAGUGUAAUAUAUUUAUAUAUAAAUAAUAUAUUUAUGUUAUUCUCCAAAACUAGACUGAGAAAUCAUAGUAUUCUAGGCAUUGAUUCUAGGUCUGAUUUGUACAAUAUAAAUAAGAGUUGCCAGUUUUACCAGAGGGAAGUGACACUGGAUUCUUCAUGUCAAUAUUUUUUUGUAACUUAAUUGAUGAUUAAUCCUUAUUUUACAUGACACAACGAAUAACUGAAGAUAAAAAUUGAAAGUAAGACAGUAUUAAUGAGUUUUACAAUGUUCUUUAAAUUUGCGAUUUCUUGUUAAGUAACUGGUCAUUCUCCUGCAAAAAUACUCUUCAGAUAACAAUUUAAAAUGUUUAACAUUAAUUCCUUGGUAAUGACAACUUAAUAUAACAGAUGUGCUUGGAACCGCAUUUUGUAAAGAAGAUAAACUUAAGAAGUAAAAUAUGUGUUCAUUGAUGAUGAUGAGGUACCUAAUGUAGUCUGUAUGAUAUUUUGUUAAGAUGUCAUUUCUAACGAAAAAUAAGAAUAAUAUAAUAGUUUAUUUAAGUCCUCAUUACAUGAAUUAAUUGUUUCAUUGCAAUUUCACUAGUUAUUAGUAGAUAUAGUACAUACAUGUGUACUAUAUGACAGGUCAUAAAAAGAAUGAAACUACGGAGUUGCAAGUGGUUGCAUUUAUGAUUGACAUUUUUGGUAUUGUAUGAAAAUCUUGGCAGCAGCAGCUCUGCACUGUGCCUUGUAUAUUUGGCUACAACUUGCUGUGUUGCUUUGCAUGUUUAGUUUUCCUGAUGGUUUACAUAUAAAUGUAAAAGGUUUUAAAUGAUAGUUGUGAUGUGUGUUGAUGACGCAAUUGGUGGGAUAAAACAUGCUAAUCUUUUCAUAUCAAUAUAUCUUUGACUCGAGUGAUGAAGCCAAUAAAUCAACUUAUGAAAAUAUGAUUUUACUACUGGAUUUUCGCAAUCAUUCUCUUCGUUUGUGAAUAAGAUGAAAUAAAUUCCUUCUGGCUCUGAUUACUGAGGUCCAGUAUAUAAAUAUAAUGGAUAAUUGCAUAUGUAUAUACAAACAAAUAUCGUAAAAUUAUAAACCUUAACAAGACAUGUUGUGUUGUGUGAUUAUACAAGCUGUAACAAUGAUUUGAAGUCAUGUAUUAACUUAUAAUUUGAGUUGUCUAUUAAUUUACACUAAAAGAUUGGUGUAAAUAAUCAUAGAUGGGAAAGUAGGUCGCUUCCCUAUAAUAUUUAGUUUUGACAAGUUAUCAGCUUAUUCAUGAGAGCCAAAGAAUAUUGACCCAUCAGUUUGUAAAUUGGUUCUAUGUAUAUCCUUCUUGUUUAAAAAUAAUUUUCAUUGCAUUGUUAAUAUUUAGUGUGAGUGUUGUGAAUAUAUUUCUCAUGAGAAUGUAAUUUGAAACUUAUGUCAAAUAUGCAAAGAGAAUAUCCAAUGGCAUAUCUGAACUUACCUGUUUCUAGUCAAGAAAUAACAUGAGUUAUUGAGUGAGCCGUCAAGGGAGUCAGAUGUGGUUGGUGCAAGUUGUUAUAUUAUUGAUUAUAUGAGAUCAGACAUUGUUAUUAAAUAAAUAUAGUGGAUAAAAUUAGGUAUGUAAUGCAGUUUGGUCACAUUUUAGAAUAUUCUGGGAGAUAAUGUAAUAUGAAUUACAGUAUUCUAGCAUGUUAAAUAAUAUUAAUUAAGUAACUUUUGGUGUAAUUUUUAAAGUUGUAUUUUAAUCUAUAGAGCAUGCUUUUAACAUCAUUGUAACAAAUGAUGUUUUGGAACUUUCAAUGUUAGAGAAAAUAAAUUGACUGGUGAAUUUUAUUUUUUUACCAGGCCAGAUGUAGAUUAUUUGCUUGAAACCAUUAAGUCUAAUGAUAACAUUAUUUGGAUUGCAGAUUUGUAAUUUUGCCCAACUCUGGUAAUUAUUUUGAUUUAUUUGCAUAUUUUUAUACAUUUUACUGUGACACUUCUUUUAGUUAUUCAUCGAAAGUUUCAAAAACUUACAUACAUUUUGGACAGUAUACAUUCAAGUUGCUAGCUUUUGUGUUAACUCUUUGACUUGCUCCAUGGCAGAUGCCCAUAUAAGAGAUUUUUAUUGCAAAAAUGAGAAUUUUUUAAAACCUGCUAUAAUGAAGCACAUGAAAUAAUUUUCCAAAUUAUACCAAAUAUGUAUUUUCAAGAAGUCAAGAUAAAUGCAUUAUAUUUUAUAUUAUAAAGGACCCAGUAGAUUUAUUUUGCAAGGAAUUGUGACAACAGUUACAAAAAAAAAAUUACAAAUUCAUAUCUGACAAUAGAUUGUUGUUACCACUUUCAUAAAUAAGAUAUUUCUUGUAUAUUAUGUGCCAUAUUUACACACUCUGUUUUAAUUGAGCCAGGAGGAAAAACAUUACUGGUAACAUGAAGUCAUACAGCAAUCAAGUCAUUUUUUUUAUUGUAACGACCUGAUUUGAACUUUUAAAAAGUUGUCUCAUUGCCAUCAUGUCCAGGAAGGAAUGAAUGAAUAAUUUGUAAAAAUGAUGGAAGGAAGAAAUUCUAAACAUAAUUAGGACUUGUGGCUUACAAGUUGAAUUGUUGAUUUUUGAGUAUAUGAGAACAUCUGAAGAGAUGUUUUGGAUGGAACUUAAUUGUUUUGUAUUAUUAGAAAAACUACCUUGACAAAUGAAAAUAAUGUAAAUAUGUGUAUACAAUCAGACAUAUUAAUUAAAAUUUUUUUGAAGUACUAUGUUAAUAAGUUGAAUUUAUGUAGUACUUUUCAAUAUGCAUAAACUGUACAUUUGACACAUCAUUCCAUUAAUUGUAGUUUUUCCAGAGAGCAAAUGCUUUAUUUUCUAUAUUUAUUGUUUCUUUUAUGACUUUAAAAAAAUAAAAUUCUUUCUUUUGGAAUUGUUGAAUGUGUAAAUUCAGAAUUUUUCUGUUUAAUAAAAAGACAGUUUAACUAUAAAUGCUUUACUACGUUGUGCAGAGUAAAGUUGAAAAAGUGUUUGUAGCACUGUUUCGAGAACUGGAUUGAUAUUAUUAUCAGCAAAUGUUUAGCUGCUCGAUCAGAUGGAUAUUCAAAUAGAACAUUGCUAGUGAUAAAAAUGGCCACCAUAAUCUACCGAUUUGUUAAAUUCUAAAUAAGAAUUACAAGUAAUUUACAAAUGGUGCUGAUAGUUUGGCUUCCUUUCUGAUGAACUGUUAGAGAGAAAUUCUCAUCUUUAAAUUUGAUGACUCCGAAACCAAGAUUAUCUUUGACUUGUUUUUUUAAAGUUUUUUUACAAUUGUCCAAACAGAAAAAAGUGCAUCAUUUUAUUUUAUUUUAUUUUAUUUUUUU